CCCCGCCGGCGUGCGCCGCCUCCCCGCGAGGCCCGCCGGUCCCCGGGGCGCCGGGCACGCCCAGCCCUUGGCCCCCUACAUCCAGGAGCCGGAUGACCUCCCGCCGCCGCCGCCGCAGCCCGGCGGUUCCCUUUUCUGGCAAGGCUUCUCCAAGGCUUCUCACCACAUGGGCCGGCUCAGAAAUGCCAAGAUCCACGUGGAGAGGGCUGUCAAGCAGAAGAAGAUAUUCAUGAUUCAAGGCCGCUACCCAGUGAUCCGGUGUCUCCUGCGCCAGAGGGGCUGGGUGGAAAAGAAGAUGAUCCACCACACUGGCACUGCCCUGCCCAUGCCCCAGAAGGAUCUGGAUAGCUCAGCCAUGGGUGACAGCGAUACCACAGAGGACGACGAUGAAGAGGAGAACGAGGAGCUGCAGUCCCCAGGCCUGUUCAACUUGGAUGGUUUUCUGCAAUUUAACGACCUAGACGGGACACACGCGUUGAUGUCCCGCAUGGUUCGGAACCAGGUCCCCUACCUCAUUUGGACCACGAGGCGGGACGUUUUGGACUGUCGCUUCCUCUCCAAGGAUCAGAUGAUCAAUCACUAUGCCCGGGCUGGCUCCUUCACCACGAAGGUGGGCCUGUGUCUCAACCUUCGCAACUUGCUGUGGUUUGAUGAGGCCGAUGCCGACUCCUUCUUCCCACGCUGCUACCGCUUGGGGGCUGAAGACGAGAAGAAAGCCUUCAUAGAGGACUUUUGGCUGACAGCUGCCCGCAACGUUCUCAAGCUGGUGGUGAAGUCUGAAUGGAGCUCAUACUCUGCUCAGGAAGAGGAGGCAAAGGCCCCAGGAGACAAGGAGCCUAAGAAACCGGAAAGAAAGCCGGCGCUGCCGGUGACCUCAGAGUUUGUGGACGAGGCUCUGUGUGCGUGCGAGGAGCAUCUCAGCAUCCUGGCCCACAGGGACAUUGAUAAGGAAGUGGAGGCGCCGCUCUACCUCAGCCCCGAGGGCUGGUCCCUCUUCCUCCAGCGCUACUACCAGAUCGUCCACCAGGGGGCCCAGCUCAAGCACCUGGACACUCAGGUCCAGCGCUGCGAGGAUGUCCUGCAGCAGCUGCGGGCUCUGGUACCCCAGGUAGACAUGGAGGGGGACCGCAACAUCUGGAUCGUGAAGCCAGGAGCCAAGUCCCGUGGACGAGGCAUCGUGUGCCUGGACCACCUGGAGGACAUCCUGAAGCUGGUGGACAGCAACUCCAUGAUGAUCAAGGACGGCAAGUGGGUGGUGCAGAAGUACAUCGAGCGGCCCCUGCUCAUCUUCGGCACCAAGUUUGACCUGCGACAGUGGUUCCUGGUCACCGACUGGAACCCACUCACCGUGUGGUUCUACCGCGACAGUUACAUCCGCUUCUCCACGCAGCCCUUCUCCCUCAAGAACCUGGACAACUCCGUGCACUUGUGCAACAAUUCCAUCCAGAAACACCUGGAGACCUCCUGCCAUCGGCACCCGAUGCUGCCCGCGGACAACAUGUGGUCCAGCCAGACGUUCCAGGACCACCUGCAGGAGCUGGGCGCCCCCGACGCCUGGUCCGGCGUCAUCGUGCCCGGGAUGAAGGCGGCCGUGAUCCACGCGCUCCAGACCUCUCAGGACACCGUGCAGGGCCGCAAGGCCAGCUUCGAGCUGUACGGCGCGGACUUUGUGUUUGGCGAGGACUUCCAGCCCUGGCUGAUCGAGAUCAACGCCAGCCCCACCAUGGCGCCUUCCACGGCCAUCACCGCGCGGCUCUGUGCCGGCGUGCAAGCCGACACCCUGCGCGUGGUCAUCGACCGGCGGCUGGACCGCAACUGUGACACGGGCGCGUUCGAGCUCAUCUACAAGCAGCCUGCCGUGGAGGUGCCCCAGUACGUGGGCAUCCAGCUGGUGGUGGAGGGCUCUACCAUCAAGAAGCCGCUCUCGGUGUAUCAUCGGCGGAUGGGGGCCCGCCCAGCACUCCCUCAUCUGCUGACUCAGCGAAGCCCCGGGGAAGGCAAGAAUUCAGGGACCCCUACCCACAGCCGAGGUAGCAGAAAGUAUCAGGAAGUUGCCCCUGGUUGCGCAGCUCAGAAGGGACCAUGCAGAGAUGCAGGCCCAGCCCCCCCCCACCUGCCCAGCCUCCACAGCGAGGCCUGGCUGCCUUCCCCCUGUGUGCUCCGACCCCACGCCGGGGUCCUCAGACUGCAGCACAAGCAGCUGGCGGGCUCUAAGGUCCUGUCGACUACAGGCAAGGCCUUGAUGAGACUACCCACGGCCAAGGUGCUGAUGUCCUUCCCACCCGCCCCUGACUUCAAGGUGACACCCAGCAUCCUGAAGCCAAGAAAGGCCCGUGGUCCUCAACGCCUUCGAACCCCCCAUUGUGGAAGUGUCUUGUGGCCUCUGUCCUUUGAAGUUGGACCUCUUCCUGGCCACCACAGGAAGGUCAUGUCCAAAGGCCUGGCUCCACUGCUGGUGGAGGAAGAAGAGCGAGUGGGCGCCGCCCCUCCACCCCAAGGUGCAGAGGACUCUCCCAGGCAGCGAGGCCCUGAGUCCACGCCCAGAGGCAGACCCAGCUUCCUGGGCAGGACAGCGGGGGGCAGGGGGGGGACCCUCACUGUACAGAUGAGGAAAUAUCCCCUUUGGAAAAGGUGAUGCGGCUUGCCCAAAACCUCGGGGCAGCAAGCGGAAGGCCAGGCGCGCGGUCACAACCGCCCGCCACCGCCGCCACCGGAGCCCCAGCCCCGGAGGCCGAGCCGGGCUGGACGUGGGAAGGGCGUGGAAAGGGGAAAGAGACGCCUUUGUCUAGAGCCCAGCCCUUCUCCAGAGGGCGUAGGCCUGUCCCUUCUUCCAGAAGGGACCAAAGCCACCUACGAGUGCGUGCAAUCUCCAGUGAGCCACAACCCUGUGAAGAAGUCUGCCCUUCCCUGGUGUGGUGUGUGUGAGAGAUGGUGGUCCUC